AUCCACGAGUCCUAUUCCUUUUGUGGAAGUAGGAAUCAAUCUCAUGACAAAAGAACCUCUUGGCACGCCCUUAUGAGGAUAUCGAUCACUUUGAUCAAAAGGGCUUUAGAUGGCCUCGUUUUAUUCGUAUUUACCAUCGUGUCAAUCUGCCUAAUCUACCAACCAGCAAARUUUUUCCCGGUGACAAGGAAAGCAUACCUAGCCAGAGGMCUACAGCAACAACAACAAACAUUAUUAUCAAACAUCGAAGAUGAUGGGUUUUAUUUUAUCAAAGUUGAUUCRCCCAAAGARAAAUUUCUGUCGUACGAGCCUCCYAUUGGUAGCUGGAGUAAGCAGCUAUUGGCUUUCCAAAAYGCAGUUAUCAUUKCUGCACUACUGAAYCGCACACUCAUCGCGCAACCGCUGGUCAGUGAAUCUGAAGGCAUUCGAUUGAGAACAUUAGUACGCCAAGAGCUAAAAAGUGAYUCGGAAGCAUUUAAGUUGAUCGAYUUGAAAUACAUGGUGCCUAUUUCUGCGGUAAUAAAUCUUAAGUUACUUCGUAAAUUACUUAGAGUAGAGGCUAUUCAUUCGACUUACAGCGAUUUUCUUAAACAAUACAGCAAUUUAACAUGGCAUAAUGUCUGCCAUAAAGACAAUUUGGGGUUUUGGGUGGAUUUUAUUCCCUCUSCAGCUAAUGAUGUUGCGUGGAAGGUUCUCGAAGCUCAGGAGUUUGUUCCUUUAAAGUCUURUUUCUAUGGCGUCGAGCCAGUGUGCGAACAGGAAAUGGAAAUGCUUGACCAAGUUCAAAGUACGACACCUGUCUUAAGGGGAAUUCUUUCAGAACUGUCAAGUGUUGACGAGGAGGUGAUUUACUUCCGAGGAGGCUCUCUUGCUGCGCGCGAGUUGAGAUUUUUAUCCAAGAUACGAACAAAGAAGGUGCAAGAGUGGAUCACAAAAUAYAUCCAGUUUUCUCCAUACGUCCAAGACAAAAUACACAAAAUUGUACAAAGCAUGAAGACGCCUUAUAACGCUGUUAAAAUAACAAAUAAUGUAAAUCCCGAGAUUAUCAAUAAUACAAUUCGAUUUAGACUCAAAGAAAUGGAAAAGAAGCACUUUCGCAACGUCACCAACAGGCUCUACGUCAUUAACGAGUUUAACGAGACCAAAGGAUUACGUAUUCUGGAGCGAAGUGGCUAUAAAUUAUACUCAACUAUGGACUUAGUCCCUGAUGGAGUCAGCACGUACAUUAAACGCGACGUACAAAAGCUUUUAGGGGAACUAUUAUGCAAAUAUGCAUGGUUCUAYGAAGGGCCUUUUGAUUCGUAUCUUAUACAAAGAGCGCGCGUGCACCAGGCUCGUGUCAGAGAUGGUUUGUUAACUAACUUAGUGACUGUUAAGUGGGCUUUGCACACAAUUAACAGAAAUCAUAGAUUUUCGUUUGCGAGAGAACCUUCUUUACCACAGAGCGCAAACAUGGGACGGCGUCCUUUACUGAACAUUUGGUGCAAGCUCUGUAGAACCAUGAAAAAACAGAUCAAAAUCAAAGCUUGUAAGCCAAUCACGAGCGAGUGCAUUAGACAAAAAUUGUGAUAUCCAUGGCAUUACUAAGAAGUACGAAUCAUUUAGUUUGACAUUUGUUUUAUUAGAAGAACCACAAAACGCUCCUAUGAUUUAUAUAAUGUGCAAGUUUCUAAAUAAUUUAUGGGAAUAUUUCACUUAGCCCACAUUAUUGGGCAAUCCUACCGUUCGAUAAACUUCACUCUGACGCACCAUGGCACGGAAUCCGGAUUCCCAGAAAAUUUUGGCUCUGUAAUUUUAGAAGCAAGAGCAAGCCGGUAUCCAAAUUAUUCCUUUCAAAUAUUUCAUAAUUUUAAACGAGACACUGACGUCGAAAAUGAAAAAAAUAGCUCGGAUGAUUUGCAAUCUGAAUACAUCAUGGUGGAAUUCUUUCAAUGUAAUCCGGAAUCAAUAAGCUGUGAAUCCGGAAUUCAGGAACACUCCAGAUUCCGUGGUGUCGUAGAGCAACCUUUCUCUAAAUUGUUCGGUUCUAAUUAGUCUUUUUUUUCGGACUGAUUCAAAAUCACCCUCAAAGUAUGCCCUUUUCCCUGAACAAUAGUUCCAAUUCGUAAAUACGUAGAACCUUUAACUUUUACAGGUAGUAUAGGUCAUACCCCACCUCCUCAAUUCCUGCACACAUACUCUGACACAUUUCUUUUCCUUAUUUUAUUUGUAGSCCCUACAAACGAAAUAAGAGAAUAAAUAUGCCAGUAUAAGCGUGGAAGAGAGAGGGGUGGGACGUAUCAAAUCUCAACCGCGCCCCUCCUGAUAAUGUUAUAUUGCGCAGUCUCUAAAUACACCUUUUCAGUUGCUCUUAGGCCUCGACAGYGUGUUAAAUAUUCUUUUGAAUUUGUAGGAAUGUGAGCAAUGCAAACAUUGAUAUGAAUAGUCUCAUUUGUCAAAUUCAAAAGAAUAAUUAACUUGCUAUCGAGGCCUAAGUACAACUGAAAAGGUGUAAUUGUGAUCACAUAUACCUUUUUGUCACGACAAAUUACCUCCAGUUCUGUAGUAGAUGAUAAUGAAAUCAAAGACUCAUAUGAUAAGCAUAAUGUUGUUUAUUGAUUUUCCUAAUCAAAUAUGUAUCAGUUUUUUUUACAGCUAGUAUUUUAGCACUAUUGCCUGCAAUCACUUYAUGCUUUC